AAAUCGAUACUUAAACCACCUGACCAACUGCAUCUAACUGAGCAGGAACUCAAAGAGGAGUUUACGAAAAUUCUGACGGCGGAGAAUCCAAGGGCCUCAAAAAAUGUCGUCAGGUACAGUUUUAAGGACAAAAGUUUCAUGACCGUUCCGACGACUGAUCAUCUGGCCGUCCACUUCUCCAUUGAUGGAAACAAGAUUCAUGAGAAGUCUGAAGAGGCGAAGAAACAACUGAAACGAGGCAGUCUCUGUUUUUCAGUUUUCCAAGCCACACCGUCGCAAACAGUGGAGCAAGAUAUGAAGGUCCUACAAGAUGACGAGGAGAACUUGAAGGGAGAUGCUGCCUUGGACGCAGAUGGAGAUAAUUCAGCCACAAAAAGUAGAGGCGACAAAAAGCUGACGAACCAGUUUAACUUCAGUGAGAGAGCCACGCAACCUUAUAACAACCCACCAAGGGACAAGCAGACGAUGACUGAACCGCCUCCAGCCAUGACCUACUCGGCCAACGUUACUCAGUGGGAAAUAUAUGAUGCCUAUCAGAAGGACUACGAUAAACAGGUUAAAAACAAAGACAAAAAAAUUGUGACAAAAACUCAAGAACUCAAGAAGAAAAAGACAAGCUCUAGUGUGGGUUCAAUUUUUAAGAAUAAUUUCACAAAAUCAUUGAAAUCACUGAAAAUCAUCGAAAGAAUGGUCACGCAAAAUAUACACGAUGAAAUCACGUACGACUACAAAUACUACGAGGACGCAUCGGACGAAUUCAAAGAGCAAAAAGGUUCCUUACUGCCCCUCUGGACGUUUAAAUUCAAGAAAGUGAAAAACCUUUCGGUGACCUGCAUAUGCUGGAAUCAUAUUUUUCCGGAUUUGUUCGCCGCCUCCUACGGAUCAUACGAAUAUGAGAACCAGGUGGAAGGAGAAAUACUUCUAUUCACCCUAAAAAACCCAUCCUACCCGGAAUAUAUCUACCAGAUGCACUGCAGUGUCAACUCUGUGGAUUUCCAUCCAAACUACCCGUACCUACUGGUUGCUGGACUCUACGAUGGCAAUGUUGCCGUCUUCGAUGUUGUUACUGAUUGUCAUGAGCCUGUCUUUCUUAGCAAUUAUAAAACUGGGAAACAUCUGGACGUCGUUAAUCAGGUAAAAUGGCAGAGUCACGAAAAUGAAAAUGGCCUAAAUUUUUUCUCCAUUUCAAACAGCGGCGAAGUGUUUAACUGGACCAUAUUGAAGAAGCUUUGCACGCUGAAGAUGGAAUCGAGUGAUAACCUCAAACUGAAUGGUUCUACCAUACCGUUGGAACUUUCCGGUUGUGGUAUCACAUUUGAUUUCCAUCCGAAAAUAGAAGAUUUGUACUUGGUGGGCACUGAAGAAGGUAAAGUUCACGUUUGCUCCAAGAACCAGAGCAACAGGUUCCUAUCAACUUACGACGCGCAUUUUGGACCAGUGUAUAAAGUUCUCUGGAGUCCAUACUGCCCGUCUCUGUUUAUUACUUGCAGUGAUGACUGGCUUAUUAAGAUUUGGGAUCGAUCUAUAGAAAGCGAGCCAUUGUUCGUAUUUGAUCUUGGAUGCGCGGUCGAAGACGUUGAGUGGGCUCCAUAUUCCUCCACAGUUUUCGCGGCUGUCACUCAGGACGGCAAAGCUUACGUUUAUGACUUGAAUGUUGAGAAGCAUGAAAGUCUCUGCGAACAACGAAUAGCUCAGAAAAGAAAUUCAACCCUGACGCGUGUGGCUUUCAACCAGAAACAUCCCAUCAUUCUCGUGGGAGACGACAGGGGAACGAUUCAAUCAUUUAAGUUGUCUCCAAACAUAAGGAAGCUGCCCAAAGACAAAAAGGGACAGGACCAAUUAAAACCGGAAGAGAAGGAGGCGCUGAGAAGAACUGCCGAGGUGGACAAGUUGGAAAAACUGCUGGUCACAGUGCGCCCGUUUGUCAGAGUGAAAACUUAA